GAGCAGUUCAUCACUGAUGAGAUCAUUGUGGAAGCCAGAGAAGCUACUGAGGAAGAUUUGCUGGUUGUUCACAGCAAACGCUACCUCAACAAACUGAAGUGGUCUCUUGUAGUGGCAACUAUCACAGAAAUCCCUCCUCUCCUGUUCCUGCCGAAUUUCCUGGUGCAGCGGAGGGUGUUAAGGCCUUUAAGGACACAAACAGGAGGCACAAUAAUGGCCGGAAAGCUGGCGGUGGAUCGAGGGUGGGCAAUAAAUGUAGGGGGGGGCUUCCACCACUGCUCCAGUGACAGGGGAGGGGGCUUUUGUGCAUACGCUGACAUCACUCUGGCCAUUAAGUUUCUUUUUGACAAAGUGGAAGGCAUCUCCAAAGCUACCAUCAUCGAUCUGGAUGCUCAUCAGGGAAAUGGACAUGAGCGUGACUUCCUGGAUGAGAAGCGAGUAUUCAUUAUGGAUAUGUAUAAUCGCUACAUCUAUCCUGGAGAUGGAUUUGCCAAAAGAGCCAUAAAGAGGAAGGUGGAGCUGGACUGGGGUACCGAGGACUCUGAGUAUCUGCAGAAGGUUGAGCUGCACUCAGAGGGAUCUCUGAAUGAGCUCCAUCCUGAUAUCAUUGUUUACAACGCAGGGACGGACAUCUUGGAUGGAGACCCCCUGGGAGGACUCUGCAUAUCAGCCCAGGGCAUUAUUAAGAGAGAUGAGAUUGUGUUCAAGGCAGCGAGGCGACGGGGAAUUCCCAUACUUAUGGUGACAUCCGGAGGAUACCAAAAGAAAACGGCCCGGAUCAUUGCUGACUCCAUCCUCAACCUACACCGACAGGGCCUGAUAGGAGCCGAGGCAGUGGGGGAGGGGUCAUCAGCCCUGGUCAAACACAUGAGGAGUGGCCCUGGAUCUGCU